ACAAUCGAUGCUCUUGGAUAUCGUUUGAUCAGUGAUGAACCACCGGUUCGUUUACGACCUAUUCGUCUUCCACAGAACUAUCAACAAAGCAAUGGCUUCAAGCCGCAACCGCUGGAUGCCCAUGAGAUAUCGCUUGACGAUAGCAUGUUCCCGCUUAUUGAUGCCCUAGCCAAAAACACACAUAAUUUUGUGGAUUCAAGUCAGAAACGUAGCCCACAUCUGGUACCGUACGAAUUGGUUGAUCAGCGAAUCAAAGAAGCAAAUCAAGAAUCCGCAACGGAAUUCAUCAAAGCUCUUCAGCUGUUCGGCAUCUUCUUGGAACCACCUGUCCUCGAGCAUGAUGAGGGAGCGGAAAAAGAACUGAAAGCGAUGCAGUCGCUCUCUCGAACUUAUCGUGCCGAAGCGCUCUAUGCUGUUUCCAGCGGUAAAUGGUACUUCGAAUUUGAAGUACUCACUCCCGGUUUCAUGAAAGUUGGUUGGAUGGACGUUGGCGCCUCUCCAGCUGUUGACAUUGGAAUGGAUGAUCGCUCGUAUGGAUUCGACGGGUAA